AUGGAGAAGAAAUCACGUUACAAUCUCUUGAUCGUUCUCGCUGCAUGCGUCGGCAGCUUCUUAUACGGCAAUGCCAUCUCCAUCUUCGCGACGACUCUCGGAAAGCCGCAGUUCUUCACCUACAUGGGCCUGGACGUGGUUGGCCCCGGUGCUGAUUUCGCAAACUCAAUGACUGCCGUCUGGAACUGCAUGCUCUACGUCGGAGCUGUAAUAGGAGGAAUCUCGUACUCCUUCGUAUCGGACCGUUUUGGCAGGAAGACCCCGAUGGUCGUCGGCUGCGUCUUCGCCUUCAUUGGCAGCGCGCUGCAGGCGGGUUGCGUGAACAUAGCAAUGUGCGCAGUUUCUCGCGUCAUAGAUGGCGUAGGUAUCGGGAUGCUGCUACCCGCGAUCCCCCUUUACCAAGCUGAAGUGGCACCACCGCACUCCAGAGGCCUUUUAGUGGGUUUACAUGGUUCUGCACUAGGUUUCGGAAACAUGUUCGCACAGUGGAUGGGCUGCGCGUUCUUCUACGCCGGCGGCCAGGUGGCGUGGCGUGCUCCUCUGGCUAUACAAUGCUUGUGGCCGGCGAUCUUAUUCGGAUUAACGCUCGUUAUGCCCGAAAGUCCUAGGUGGCUCUACGCCCACGGACACGAAGAGCGGGCAUUGAAAACUCUAAUCAAACUUCAUAAGGACAAGAACGAUGAUUCUGAUACCUUUGCCCGUCACGAAUUCUCCAUCAUCAAGGCUCAAACAGACUUGGAUAUGGAGAAGGGCAUGAUGACUACUUGGCAGGCAUUGAAAAUAUCUUCAGUCCGCAAGAGAUUCAUAAUCGGCUUCCUCGCGAUGAUGGGAACGCAGUGCAGUGGGUUGCUUGUGCUCUUGACAUAUUCUCCAACGAUCUACGAAGGCCUCGGAUUCUCCCCCUUCAUGACCAACGUCAUGGCAGCUAUCUGGUCGACUUUUAACGGCCUCGGAAACCUUGGUGGAGCGGUCAUCGCAGAUAGGGUGGGACGAAGGCGUCAGCUGAUAAGCGGCUACGCCGGUGUGCUUGUUUGCCUGAUCGGCGCGACGGUGCUCACCAAACUCUACGCGGGCACUGCAUCCGCAGGGAGCAAAGCGGCAGUAUUCUUCAUCUUCGGAAUCAUCGUCUUAUAUACCUUGGGUAUUGAGGCCGCGUCCUUCGUAUACGCGUCCGAAAUCUUCCCCACCCAGCUGCGUGCGCAGGGAGUGGCUUUCUCGAUGCAAGGGCUAUUCCUGAGCUCUAUUCUUUGGACUGCUGUGGCGGCCCCUGCUUUCAAGAACAUUGGAUGGCGAUUCUACUGCGUCUUUAUAGCUACGGACGUUAUGAUGAUCUUGACCGUCUACUUCUUGUUCCCUGAGACGAAGGGCUAUACGUUAGAACAGUUGAGCGCGGUCUUUGGCGACGAAGUUGUAGGAGACGACGUCGACGAGCAGCCCGCAGAGAAAGGCACGGAGACGAUCGAAGCUGGAGAGAAGGGAGAUUUAUCGCAUAUUGAGUACGACGGUACUAAAUCUUUGUGAUUACUACUGCGAGCGAAAGGUUACAGGCGGGGAGUAUCUCAGCCUGAUUAGAUACUUUUGGAAGCUCGGUGGGUAUUUUGUGAUUACUGUUCUAGACGACUGUGGCGAUUGCUCGCAGUAUUUCGCUGCUCUCCGAUAAUUAUGGACUUAACUGCACAGUACAACUCAUGUACCUUCGUAGAGUCGCUUUUAUAUUCUCAGU